GUGGUGACCGUAGCAGCAUUUAUCAUCGUGGGCCUCUUACUGGAUGCGGGGGUGGUGGGGAAUCCCGGCGAGGCGAUAUGGUUCUCAAACUAUGCUCACGGAAUCACGGAUUUCUAUGGACUCCUCGCAGUGAUCUUAACCGCAGGAUUUUCCUUUCAGGGGGCUGAACUCGUGGGCAUUGCCGCGGGGGAAUCCAAGAAUCCACAGAGAAAUGUGCCUUACGCCAUAGGUCAAGUUUAUUGGCGAACGUUAUUAUUUUAUUUGUUCACAAUCAUGGUGGUGGGCCUAUUGAUUCCAUAUAACCAUCCAAAUCUAAUUGACAGUGGGGCUGACGCGUUGGCCAUAAGUCCGUUCACCAUCGUAUUCAAGGAGACAGGUCUCGGAGCAUCGAUGCAUAUUAUCAACUUUGUUAUCUUGACCACUGUUUUGUCGGCUGGAAAUUCCGGCGUCUAUGCUGCGUCUCGCGCACUUUACAAUAUGGCCUGUGAAGGAUGCGCCCCAAAAAUUUUCGGACAGGUCAGUGAAAAGGGGGUGCCGUUUUACGCUGUGUUCGCCACUGCCUCAGUGGCCUCCUACAGCGGAGCUCCCCUAUUCUUAACUCUGUUCUUUACCUUUAAGAUCUUCAAGAGGACCAAGGUUGUACCAUUGAUGGAAUGUGAUUUCGACAGAGGAUUUGAUCCCAAUGCCGUGGACAUUGACGAAGACCAAUUUGACAUCCUAACGAAGAUGACGGCAGUGAUGAUCAAAGGAGGAAAUAAGAUUAGGAAUGUUGACUUUUUGGGAAAUGUGAUUGGUAUAACAGGAAAAGGGAUACCGGGCGAUGGAAUCGUGACCGAGGGCCAGGUGGUUGUGGAUAUACCACAUCCGAAUGUUCCAAUGCCAGGGGAAACGCCCGUGGUGCCAGUAGCAGCUUGA